CAACACAAACGAAAUCUCUAUUCUCUCACUGCCAUAGAUAAAAAUGGAUUCCAAAUAUUUGUUAGCCAUGUUGUUGUGUUGUGUUCUGCUACAGCUGAAGCCCAGCUUGGGGGCGCAGCAGAAGCUCGAGCUCAAAUACCACAACGGCGUUCUCCUCAAGGGACGUUACACCGUUGAUAUAUUAUGGUACGGGAGCUUCACCCCGAUCCAACGCUCCAUAAUUGUCGACUUCAUCAACUCCUUGAGCUUCCCCUCCGGGGCCCAAUCACCCACCGUGGCGUCGUGGUGGCAGACGACGGAGAAGUACAAGGGCGGCGGCACCACGACGCUGGCCGUGGGAAAGCAAAUAAUGGAACCAUACUCUCUCGGGAAGCACCUCAGCGAGAAACAACUAUACGACCUGGCAUCACGCAUCAAGGACCUCUCUGCAAUAAGCCUUGUUCUCACCGCAAAAGACGUGGCGGUGGACGGCUUCUGCAGUGGCCGCUGUGGAACCCACAAAUCCAUCAGCGGGAUGACCCCCUACGUGUGGGUCGGCAAUUCCGAGACCCAGUGUCCGGGCCAAUGCGCCUGGCCCUUCCACAAGCCCAUUUCCGGCCCACAGACGCCGCCGUUAGUUGCACCUAACGGUGACGUGGGCGUGGACGGCAUGAUCAUAAACAUUGCAACUCUGUUGGCCGGAACCGUGACUAACCCCUUCAACGGUGGGUAUUAUCAGGGUCCGUCGACGGCGCCGUUGGAGGCCGUUUCGGCUUGCACGGGGAUUUUCGGGAGCGGGGCGUAUCCGGGUUACCCGGGGAAGACUCUGGUGGACCGGGCGACGGGAGCGAGCUAUAAUGCGCAGGGCAGUCACGGGAGGAAGUUCUUCUUGCCGGCGAUGUGGGACCCACAGACCUUCCAAUGCAAGACGUUGGUCUGAAGGAAGACUUAAGUCAACGAAGCUUAAGCUGGUGUUUUGUUUUGGUGUUAAGUGUUGCGUGUAAAUUCCUUUCUGCAAGGUCAAAUCAUUGAAAUACAUGGAACAAUAAGAUGAAGGAAAAACAUUUUUAUUUAUAUGAAUCAAUCAUAUCUAUCUUGUAAUUUCGAAUUC